AUGUCAAAAGUCGAAGGCCUGGGAACAAUUGUGCAAGAAACUCCCAGUCCGCUGAAACCGGUGGGAUUCACGCCGACUGCAACUGGAGGGAAGUUCGGUGCAGCUUCUGCUAUCAAAUCAACUCCCAAAAAGCAACAACCGUACAUCAACAAAUCUCAGUAUAGUCCUCAAGUUAAUAAGAAUCCAAGAAAAAUUUUCGCCGAAUACAUUUCAAAAGAGGACUCUGAUGCAGGCAUCAAGGAUAGUUCUAUGUUCCGUGCUGUUUUAAGGAUAAAUCCUAAAAACUACCAAGAAUGUUUUUUGGAUCAUCCAAAAGGUUCAUCGUACCCUGACGUUCUAGUUCUUGGCCAAGAUCGUAAUAGAGCGAUGCAAGGAGACGUAGUAAUUGUGAAACUGAAACCGAAGGAAGAGUGGCUGGUUAACUACGUGGAGUAUGUGAAGUGGUGGGGACAGAAUAAAACGGAAACAAGAAAUCUGGGAAAAACAGACAAUAAUACAAAUAAGUCUGAGAAAAGAUGUCUUCGUGAUGAGAUCAAUGAUAACGGAGUGGGAGUUGAUGAAGUACCAGAAAAUUGCUUGAUUACUGUCGGAGCCAUCGUCAGAAUCGACGAGAAGAAGCAUUUCCGAGUGGCAGCAGGAAAACUUCAACAGAUGCCGAACGCUGCGAAUCCGAAUGUUCUGUUUGUUGCCACCGACUCCAGAGUUCCCAGAAUUUUGAUUCCAAAAUCUGAAGUGGAUCAGGAGUUCUUCUCUCGGCCGAAAGAUUUCGAAAGGUUCCUGUACACUGCACAAAUUCUCGACUGGCGAGCUGAUUCGAUUUACGCUGAUGGAAAGCUUAUCAAGCUUGAUGAGUGCAUUGCAUCUCUCCCUCUCACCACCGCGGAAGCAUGGAAGAUUCCAGAUUCAGAAUUCAAUUAUCGUCGUGACUUCCGAGAUGAUAUCGUUUUCACAAUCGACCCAAAAACCGCUCGAGAUCUUGACGAUGCUCUUCAUGCGAAACAUAUUGACGAUUGUGAUGGGAAAGGAACUCCAGGAAUCGAAGUCGGUGUACACAUUGCCGAUGUUUCUUACUUCCUUAAAGAAGGAACUGAACUUGAUAAAUGGGCAUCUCAACGUGGAAACAGUACAUAUCUCUCACAAAUUGUGAUUCCUAUGCUUCCCCGAAUUCUUUGCGAACAGCUUUGUUCUCUCAAUUCCGGAGUGGAUCGUCUCGCGUUCUCAACAGUGUUCAAGAUGAAUUAUGAAGCAGAGCUCAAGGAUGUUUGGUUCGGACGGUCGAUAAUCCGAUCCCGCGUAAAACUGGCCUACGAGCACGCUCAAGACUUCAUUGAGAACCCAGAAAAAGACUUCACCGCUGACGAACUACCCGAAAUUUCCGACGGAAAUAUGCCAUCAGAAAUCAAAGAAAAAACGUUGAUGCUUCAUAGAAUUGCGCAGCUUCUGAGACAAAAAAGAGAGGAUUCAGGAGCAUUGCGUAUUGAGCUACCAAAGCUGAAGUUUGUGAUGGACGAGGAGAAAAGACCGCAAGGAGUAUCGAUAUAUGAAGUAAAAGACUCGAACAAGCUAGUGGAAGAGUUUAUGCUUCUGGCAAACAUGGAAGUUGCCAAGAAGAUUGCAACUCAUUUCCCAGAUACCGCUUUACUUAGAAACCACCCGCCACCUAAAGAGAAAAUGAUAGAGGAUGCUGUGGAACAGUGCAAAAGAAUUGGAUUCCAACUGGAUGGAAAGACUUCUGCUAUGAUAUCAACCUCACUUCGGAAGUAUCAGGGAAAAUCUCGUCUCGAUAUGUGCAUCCGCCAAGUUAUCUCCUCAUUAACCAUCAAACCAAUGCAGCAAGCGAAGUACUUCUGUACGUAUGGAAAGGAUUUGGAGGUCUACCAUCAUUACGCGUUGAAUGUGGACCACUACACUCAUUUCACAUCACCAAUUCGACGUUAUCCGGAUGUCAUUGUUCAUCGCCAGUUGGCUGCUUCACUAGGUUAUGAGGAAAAGAGUGAGCGAAAGCCUAAAGAGAUAAAAGAUAUAUGCAUCCGUUGUAACGAUACCAAGCAAGCAUCCAAAGAGGCAUCUGAAGAGUCUGCGAUGCUUUAUUUUGGAGUUUUUAUCCAUUCAACGGGUAAAAUGAAUUGCCAAGCUGUCGUUCUUGGAAUAAUGGACCUUUCAUUCGACGUGCUUAUUGUCGACUAUGGUGUUGUAAAGAGAGUUUAUGUUGAUGUAAGCUCAAUGUCACUUUUUAUUCUUCAUCAACUUUCGUUAUUCCAGAAAAUGAAGAGAGAGUACGUUAAGCAGGAUGAGCAAUUAGUCCUAUACUGGCCAGCUGAUCCAAAUGCCGAAAAUGGAAACAAGGAAGAAUUCUCGACUGUAAUUCAAAUGUGCAGUGUUGUUACUGUACUUCUGGUGCCUGUGAAAGAGGUCGAGGUCUCCGCAAUAAUGAUUCGUCCAACUCUUGAUAAACGCAAAGUUCUCGAAUCCACACUCAAGGAUAUGAACUUUCAAUCACUUUUAUUAAUAUCUGUCUCAUUCUGA